GAUGUUUUCUCAUGAGCAAAAAUACGAAAAAUUGUAAUAAUCGACUAUCUCGAUUGACUACAAUUAUUAAGAUUUCAUAUGCACGUCACUAUUUCCGGCACCUGCCACUAGCCAACAAGAAGCGGAAUAGUUUCUGUAAUAAAUAGCCGGCUGCUAUUUUUUACAAAUAAGAAUUUAAUUUAUAUAUGUAAAUCUCAAUAAGAAAACAUGGAAAACGAUAUAUUAGACUCUCUUAAUGAUAUGGGCUAUGAAGGCCCACUAUCAGAUGAGGUGGCUUUCUCGAAAGCCUUGGAAGGCGGACCCAAGAGUCUGGAGUACACCAAGCUGGUGCACAUUCUGGCGGAUGAGCUGAAGAAGCUCUGCAACCUUGAGGAGUCUGUCAGUAUGAUGAACGAUCCAGAUGAGUCAAGCUCUUUCUUAUUAGAGCUUAGUUCUUUCUUGAAGGAGUUGGGAUGUCCAUAUAAGAAACUUGUUACUGGUCACAUGUCAUCCCGUCUCCAAUCCAAGGAGGACCGUCUGCUCCUCCUGGACUACUUGGUUUCUGAACUCAUGGCGGCUCGGAUGGUGAAUGUUGACUGCCCGAAAGAGAAACAGGGUGGCAUGGAGAUUGUUGUUCAUGAGUCUCCAACAGCGAAAGAUCUGAAGGACAUCUUGAUUGCCUUGAAGUUCAACAAGCCCCCGCCAAACAUUACAGCAGAGAUGCUGUUUUCUAAACUCGAAGCUAAGCUAAAGGAUACUAUACAGAAAGAGGGUGAUCAAUUAGUGGGGAAGCCGUUGUAUAAUAAGGCACUAACGGACAAAGACUGGAAGGAACUGGAAACCACCUUCACAGAUCUGUUUGAAGAGUACAGGCUUCGGAGAGAGACGUUGAUCACUAGGUUGGAAUGCACUAUACAGAGUUUUGAGUGGUCCGAGCGUCUCAAAGCUCGCAAAGACGCGAUACAGUCAACCUACCGGCCCAAACGAGAACAACUCAAAGUCAAGCCAGACGUGAAGCUAUCAGACUUCUUGGCAGCGCGUACGAGCCUCUUGCAAGUAGAGAAGACCUCCAGCGCCACAGUCAGGAAGAACACACAGAGUGAUGUCAACAAAGUUAUUAUCGGACAGGUACCGGACCGAGGUGGACGUCCCAACGAACAGCAGCCACCCCCACCAGAGAUGCCCUCGUGGCAGCAACGAGGACCUUCGAGUCAGGUAAGGCUUCAUUUGUAAAAUCUUACAAUUAGA